GCCAGGUCGUCAGGUCGCUCGAGGUGCGCAUCCAUUCCAUCGUCCUUCGAAACGUCGACAAAGAACCGCAGGGGAAUCGACUUUUGCUAUCUUCACCUGCGCCUUGGGGCUUUCCGACUGCCGUCCAUCUAAUUGAUUUCCCAAUCUUGUUUGCCGAAUCCGCCAAGAUGGAUUGGAAUAACCUCAAGGACACGGUCGCUAAUAUGACCCUGUACGACGUCAAGGCCGGCGUCAGGAAGGUCCAGAAUGCCGUCAUGAACUACACAGAAAUGGAGGCCAAGGUCCGCGAGGCGACCAACAACGAACCUUGGGGCGCGUCUUCGUCGCUGAUGCAGGAGAUCGCCAACGGCACCUUCAACUACGCUACCCUCAACGAAAUCAUGCCCAUGAUCUACCGCAGAUUCACAGAAAAGUCCGCCGAGGAGUGGCGGCAAAUCUACAAGGCCCUCCAGCUCCUCGAGUUCCUCAUCAAGCACGGCUCCGAACGUGUCAUCGACGAUGCCCGCGGCCACAUCACACUGCUGAAGAUGUUGCGCCAAUUCCAUUACAUCGACCAGAACGGCAAGGACCAGGGAAUCAACGUCCGCAACCGCGCCAAGGAGCUGUCCGAACUCUUGAGUGAUGUUGAGCGGAUCCGGACGGAGCGCAAGAAGGCAAGAGCGACCAAGAACAAGUACACCGGUGUCGAGGGUGGUGGCGGCUUCUCCAGCGGCAGCAGCAGCCGCUACGGUGGCUAUGGAAGCGAGUCCGGCGGCUACGGGGGCUAUUCUGGCGGCGUCUAUGGCGACGGCGGCGGUUUCGGUGGGCAGGAGGCCAACGACUACGGCAGAACACAGGCACACAACGACAAGUUCGAGGAGUAUGACGAGUUCGACGACGAACGCCCGGCUGCCAGCUCCUCGGCGUCUCGUUCCAAGAGACCCGAGCGAGCGGCGGCGGCGGCCCCCAAGGCCGAGCCGCCCAAGAAGAAAGAGCCCGAGGUGGACCUCUUCUCUUUCGACGACCCCGCGCCCUCGUCGGUGCCCGCCCCUGCCGUCGCCCCGAUUCCCUCCAACGGCUCCGGCAUCGCGUCUCUGUCAGCCCCGUCUGCCAGCAAUGACGAUGACGAGUUCGAUGACUUCCAGUCCGCCGCCCCAGCUCCGGCCCCCGCUGCCGCCACCCCGCUCUCUCCUCCCGUCAUGACCGCCAACUCUGCCACAACCUUUGCCGCUCCCCAGCCCGUGUCGGCACCUCAGCAGGCCAACAUCGGCAACAUGGUCAGCAUGUCCUCCAUGUCUCCCGCCCCGAGCGCCAACUACUCGGCCUUCAGCACUCCCGCUGUUGCCUCUCCCGCAACACAGGCAAAGCCCACUGCUUACCAGCCUUCGGGACCCAACUACUUCAGCUCCGUCCCGGCUGCAGCGCCCCAGGCAGCUCGUGGCUCUCUCGCAGCCACUCCCGGCGCGGCUGCGCCAAAGGCAGCCUCGGCCGCCGCGAAGCCCAGCGCUGCUGGCGGCGACGCUUUCGGCGCGCUGUGGUCGCAGGCCAGCUCCGGCGUGAAGAAGACGAGCACGCCCACCACAGGACCUGCCCUGGGCCAGCUCGCUAAGGAGAAGAGCAGCGCUGGUAUCUGGGGUGCUCCUGCUCCCGCGGCCUCGGCACCAAAGCCCGCCGGCGGCUCAUCCUCGACCGGCGGAAACCAUGGUUUGGACGAUUUGCUCGGCUAAACAGAGUACGCGACAACAAGAUGGAGACGACGACCGGGGGAGAUGACGAAGCUCGCCGUCGCAACGCCGUUGACCUAAUAGUCAAAACAACGAUGCGGCGACCAGGCAAAAAAGGUAGGGAGGACAAGGGUGAUUUGUGUGCUGAUAGGCUACUAUUCAAGGCGUAUCGGCGGGCAAAAGAAGACUGCAACGCAUGAAACCAUAUACUGAAAUUUGAAGCGAACCAC